AAUUUAGUCGAUGGUUGUCGGUUGUAAAGUACAGCAGGAAAACGUUUGGAAAUAUCAUGUUGAGUGUGCAAAAAAAAAUGAAAAUGAAAAUCUAGAGUGAUACGAUAAGCUAUAAUAAACUUUGAAAAGUUUUUCGUGAACACAAGCGGACACAAGAUAGAAUAUUCAUCUUCUUCGUGCGUACCUUGCUCAAUGCUCUUGAUAAUAGUGCGAAACACAUUUUUUGUAUAGAAAGGAAAAUCGAGAGAUAAAAAAAAAAUCGUUUCCAUCAAUAAAACGAGAAACUGUUUCCGCGCACAGUUACCCUCAUCAUUUUGCGAUACGACUAAACAUUCGUUUCUUGUUGUGCAAAACAAAAAAAGAACGAUAUAAUGGCUUUGGUGCUAAAAUCAAUUUACCAUAUCUUGAACGAUAUCAAAGGAGAUCCUCGAAAUGAUGAACACGGAUUUAUUGGCGUAGGAUCACCAUUCCCAGUGCUUGCUAUAAUAGCUUGCUAUGUGUACUUUGUGAAGGUGUUGGGACCGAAGAUUAUGGCAAAUCGUCAACCGUUCGAUUUGACCAAAGUCAUUUAUGUCUACAACCUUUUUCAAGUUCUUUUCAAUUUAUAUAUUGGGACUGUGGGAAUUUACAAUUCUUACUGGAAUAGUGCGUUCAGUAUAACAUGUCAACCCAUCGAUUAUACGAUUAGGACACCACAAAUGAAUAAACUUAUUUUUAUAACUUAUCUCUACUAUUCAUCAAAAUAUGUCGAUUUACUGGACACUAUAUUUUUCGUUCUGCGAAAGAAAUUCAACCAAAUAACCUUUUUGCAUGUAUAUCACCAUGCGGGCAUGAUUUUCGCCACUUAUGUGUUUUGCAAGUAUCUGGCAGGAAGUCACGGAACACUGUUAGGAGUCGUAAAUUCAUUCGUUCAUGUGUUUAUGUACAGUUACUAUUUUCUAACAUCAUUCAAACCUGAACUGAAGAAUUCGUUGUGGUGGAAAAAGCACAUAACACAAAUUCAAUUGUUGCAGUUUGCCAUUCUUGUAAUCCAUUUCAUCAAUCCCAUUUUCUUCUUUGAAUGUGGUCAUCCGAAAUUUGUUGCUGUUAUCGGUGUUACUCAGAACCUUUUUAUGUUUCUACUGUUUUCGGAUUUCUAUUACAAAGCUUAUGUGAAGAAACGAAACUAACGUCGACGAUUUGUACGAGUAUUAGCCAACUAAUUCAAUAUAAAAAUGAA